GUUUUGGCUCAUGUGGCCUGCCUUCCUGGCUGCCUAUAUGUAUGGGUGUCCAUCCUCCCAUUCUCCCUCCCUCUUCUCCCUCCUCACGCACAUAUUCUCACCUCUCUCUCUCUCUCUCUCUCUCUCUCUCUCUCUCUCUCUCUCUCUCUCUCUCUCUCUCUCUCUAUACGCACACAAACACACAUACGCAAAGGCACAGAAGUAGCUAGCUAGAGGGCACAUGCACACAGAUCAUCGGCAAACUUUUGCAAGAUCCCUCUAGGCAACAACUAGCUCCCAACUGUGUAUGGAGCAAGAAGAGGUCGGGCUAGCCUUGGGUCUCUCCCUCGGCUCCGGCCACCACCAGCUGAACAAGGAACAGCCAUCUACAUCAUCGCAGCCGCUGGAGCCGUCCUUGUCGCUCAGCCUCCCAGCUGAUGACGGACGCCCGACGGUGCCGGUGCGGCCACUGAUGGCCGCUGUCAAGAGGGAGCUGAGGGCAGAGGAGGACGACGAGGUUGCCGACAGGGCGCUUUACUCGGUGGCAUCGUCAGCAGCGGCGGCGGACGAGGACGAAGGGUGCAACAACCGGAAGAAGCUGAGGCUGACCAAGCAGCAAUCUGCGAUGCUGGAGGACCGCUUCAAUGAGCACAGAACCCUCAACCCUAAGCAAAAGGUUGCUUUGGCCCAGCAACUGAACCUGAGGCCAAGGCAAGUGGAGGUGUGGUUCCAAAAUAGAAGAGCCAGGACCAAAUUGAAGCAGACAGAGGUGGACUGUGAGCUUCUCAAGCGCUGCUUCGAGACGUUAACCGAGGAGAACCGCCGUCUCCAUCGUGAGCUCCAACAGCUUCGCGCUCUCAACCAUCCCCACCCCGCCGCCUUUUUCAUGCCCGCCGCUGCGCUCUCGAUCUGCCCCUCAUGUGAGCGCCUUGCGGGAGCGCCUGGCACCACCGCCGCAGACCGGCCCAAGGUGGCUGGCCCCGACCGAGCAGCGCACUUGUUCAGCCCUUUCACCAAUUCCGCUGCCUGUUGAAUGCUGAUUCAUCCAUCCGCCCAUGAUUUAGUUAAUAGCAAAUUAUUUGAUCGUCGUAUGUGUAUACAUACACACACACAUAUAUAUAUAUAUUUGUAGCUAGUGAUUCUAUAUAUACAUCAUCAUGUAAUAUAUAGUAGUUGAUUGGUUAGAUCGAUCAUAUUCCUCCCUUCUCUCCCUUAAUUAUUGAGCUUUGUUUUUUCGCAAGCUAAUUAGUUGGUGUGUAAGGAGGAAAAAGAAUUAAAGGUCUUGUUUGGUGUUGCUGCUGCUAUAGUUAGUAUAUAGUGGCAGUUGUUGCUACGUGUAGCUAGCUUUACUAGUCCUUACUGAUGAAUUCUCUUAAUUGUCAGUCAGGGAAGUAUCAUUAGAUGAUGAUGACAUUACACCCCACACAUCCCAGUUUCUUUGGAUGUGGGUUCAUGUAUACAUGCUUAUGAUGUAUUUGUUUCACCAGGUAUAUAAUAUAUUGAUUUGUUUUCAGAAA